AUGGGUGGUAAAGAGAUAACCUCAGUUGCUAUAAUUGGUGGAGGCCCAGGGGGACUUGGAACCGCCAUUGCUCUGUCGCAGCUGCCGUUCCUACAGGUAACUCUCUAUGAGAAGAACCCAGAGCCAAGAGAAGCUGGUGCUGGACUGAGUCUGAGCACAAAUGCAUGGAGGGUGCUUGAUUUACUAGGGGCCAGUGAGAUGGUCAAGGGGGGUCCAAAUCAAACACUCACCAAAGGGAAAAUUCUUAGCGUCAUCAAACAGCCGGAAAAUUCAGCCGCAGACUCCCGUGGAGCUAUCCGUGCUCGCAGGACCCGACUACAGUCGGCCCUGAUAGCGAAGGUGCCAGAUGGAAUUAUUCAAUACAGCAAGAAGCUUGUGUCACUGGAGAAUCUGCCCGGACAAGGAGUACGGAUUGCUUUUUCAGACCUUACAGAAACCAUCGCGGAUAUUGUAGUUGGAGCUGACGGAAUACACUCUAUCGUUCGGAAAAGCCUCUUCCCGAACCAUCAGCUUUCAUUCACGGGGAAUUCUGCAUUUCGUGUUCUGGUUCCUAGGUCGCGCCUAUCUCAGAUCCCAGAUAUCACUUCCACAACCUCAUGGUGGUGGGGAGAAGCUGGUCAUGUUUACCUUUCGGAUGUAGAUGACGAAACUGAACAGGAGAACCCGCUUUUUGAAAUCACCAUACGGUCAUAUCGUGAGACUGAGGUCCCAGGCGAGACGGUCCCUUGGGGUAUUCCCGCUUCUAACGAGAAAGUGGCAUCUCGUGUUCAGGGCUUUGACCAAAGAAUAAGAGAUGCUGUCGAUAUGGUAGCCGAAGGCGAGUGGAGAGAAUUUGCAACGUUCGCUGGACCCCGGUUGGAAAAGAUCACAGGAUGGGAUAAGGUUGUCCUGAUCGGAGAUGCCAGUCAUCCUUUGUCUGGCGCCUUUGGCUCUGGGGCGACAUUUGCUAUGGAGGACGGCUGGAUUCUCGCUCGCGCACUAGAACGAACACGUUUCACUUCCCAUCCCGAGCGUGACGCUCUUGAGAUAUUUGAAUCUAUUCGCUCUCCUUACUACAAUAAAAUGUAUCAACACCUGGACGAAAGCAAAAGCAGAACACAGAGAUUCCAAGAGGAAACCAAAGAUUUUGAUUCAAUUUUGCAACACAAAAUCGAUAGUUUCCUGUACGGAGACAAGGAUUUUAUAUACAAUCACGAUAUCAAGAAAGUCUGGGAGGACUUCUGUACCCAAGAGGACUAG